AUGCAGCGCAAGCUUCUCAUUGCCUGUGUCGUCUUCGGCCUCCUCGCCAUCUCUGCGGGGUCGGCCCGCGCCGAGUGCGACCCAUACCAAGAAUGCCGGUGCAAGCCAGGCGCAGUCUCUGAAGAUUACUGGCAAGACGGCUGCCGCAUGUGCCCAGAGUACGAGGAGUGCCGAUGCAAGCCAGACGCCGCGCCUCAGGACUACUGGGAGAACGGGUGCCGCAUGUGCCGCUGCGUGAGCAUCACAACGACAGCCACCAGCCGCCAGACCACGACCUCCAGGCAGACGACCACUCGCCGCCCUGAGACGACCACUCGCCGCCCUGAGACGACCACUCGCCGCCCUGAGACGACCACUCGCCGCCCUGAGACGACCACUCGCCGCCCUGAGACGACGACAGCGCGUGCCACCAACACAUGGACUGACACCCGCUACACGUCGACCAACCGGCCCACGGAGACGCCACGCGACAACCUGUGCGGCAGCUACUCUACAUCGCGCGACCACCUCGGCAGCCUGAUCUUCUGCGGCCAGGGCGGCCAUGCAUGCCCCGAUGACUCGUUCUGCGGCUCUCGGGAGUACUGCUGCGACCGCCGUCGUGAUGACUCGUCGACGACAACAGCCCGCCGUGAGACCACCACUCGCCGCCCUGAGACGACCACUCGCCGCCCUGAGACGACGACAGCGCGUGCCACCAACACAUGGACUGACACCCGCUACACGUCGACCAACCGGCCCACGGAGACGCCACGCGACAACCUGUGCGGCAGCUACUCUACAUCGCGCGACCACCUCGGCAGCCUGAUCUUCUGCGGCCAGGGCGGCCAUGCAUGCCCCGAUGACUCGUUCUGCGGCUCUCGGGAGUACUGCUGCGACCGCCGUCGUGAUGACUCGUCGACGACAACAGCCCGCCGUGAGACCACCACUCGCCGCCCUGAGACCACCACUCGUGUUGACACCACCACUCCUCGCCGUGAGACCACCACUCCUCGCCGUGAGACCACCGCUCGUGUUGACACCACCACUCCUCGCCGUGAGACCACCACUCGUGUUGACACCACCACUCCUCGCCGUGAGACCACCACUCGUGUUGACACCACCACUCCUCGCCGUGAGACCACCACUCGUGUUGACACCACCGCUCCUCGCCGUGAGACCACCACUCGCGUUGACACCACCACCAACAGGGCCACCGAGACCACCCCUCGUCAUAGCACAACCACAGCUGGCUCCCACACAGCGUCCGUGUUCUUCCGCGAUGCUGACUACAGCCGCUUCAGCGACCCCGACAGCCAGGCUGCACUCACCUUCCGUGGCGGCCUGUGGGAGGCCCUGACCUCUGGCGACCACCCGGCUGUUGCACCCUCUGAGAUCCGCUCCAUCGACCUGCAGCGCCACAACAACGGCCUGACAGUCGUGAUCGGCACGCGCUCGUUCAACGGCGCCUCGCGCAUCGACCGCUUCUUUGCCAUCCAGGACGUGUGCGUGACAGUUGGCUCGACCGAGUACUGUGAGAGCGGCGUGACGCAGCUCUCCAGCACCACCCGCAACAGCCGCGCCACUAGCGCACCCUCUGGCAACACGCGCGACAACUCGCAGCCGGGCAGCGACGGCAGCAGUGACUCGACCAGCCUGCCCAGCCUCUCUGUGAUUGUGCCUCUGUGCGUGAUGGUUGCGUUCUUCCUUGUUGUGAUUGUGGCGAUUGUGAUUCGCAAGCGCCGCGAGUACAACCACGCCCGGGACAUUGAGCACAUGUACAAGCGCUCGCCCAGCUCGUUCUCGCUUGACCAGAGCUCCUCCACGCUUCGCGGCAUGCUGAACACGAUGGGCAGCAGCGACAACGGCAGCGGCUCCAUGCGCCAGAGCGAGACGCACGAGCUCAACUCGAUGCGCCGCCACUCUGCCCUCGACGAGCUGUUUGAGGACGACCCGCUGAGCCAGGGCAUGCCUGCGCACCACACGCUCGAGUCGACGGCUCGCAUGGACGUGUACGCCAACGCCGUGGACAACGAGGAGGACGACGGCCCCGAUGUGUACGAGCUGGCGCACGACCAGCCCGAGGACAACGGCGUCCUUGCCAAGCAGGCGCGCCUCUCCGUCAUGAACAAGCGCCGCUCCAACGCGUCUCUCGGCCUGUACACGAAGCAGGCGCCCGGGUUUGAGGACGGCCCGGCCUACGACAUGGCUGAUGCGCCUUCGUACGAUGUGGCAGACAACUCUGGCUCGAGCACAGCCAACCAGCGCAGCCACACCUCCUCCGAGGCCGCCCAUUCCGAGGCAUGAGUGACCCUCACUUAUUCUGAUGCCUGUCCCCCUGUUGCAUAUUCAUUUGGUGUAUUCUGAGCUGAUGUGCAAAUGUGGUGGGUUUUGUAGUGUGUGUAUGCAUGUGGGCUUAAGUUAACGACGACGCCCGGCUUAUUGACUCUUGUUGUUGUGUUUCGUGAGGUGGUUCUGUUCCAUGUUGUCCACAGCACAAAACGCGCUCGCGUGCGAGUGCCCUUUCUUUCCAACCUGCUUUUUCAUCAGUCAGUCGCUCUCGGGCUGUGUUGUGUUGUGUUGUGCUGUGUUGUGCUGUGUUCUUGUGUGCUUUGGCCCGUUCUAUUUCUUUGCUUCAAGUUCGUUUGUCUGCGUACCUCUGUUGCUGUUGUCGACCAUGGGUCGCUCGCUCGUUGGUGCUUGGGUGACUUUUGUGUGGGCGGAGUCCCGUCCGUGUCAUGUGGGUGUGUGGAUUUGGGCGAGAGGGCCUGUCUCACCAACAGACGUGGGCCUCUUUCCCUCCUGCCCGCCUGCCAACUCUCUCUGGCUCCCUCUCAUUUUGUGUCUCCAUGUGAUUGCCAGUGCGUGCGGCUUUCGUUGCAACCAUGUCAUUCAGUCAAUCCUGUGCAUUUACUGGUUGGAUCUGUUUGCUCACAUCCAUCAAGAAAGUAAAUCGAUAGCGGCAACGCACAGUCAGG